AUGUACGAAUCGCCAAACUACGAGAUAGCAUUCACAAUAAUGGCGGCCGGCGUAUGCGUCUGUUGUUACCUUCCCGCAAACAUCACCGCAUUCUUGAUUGUCAUCACAGGUUAUACGGAAUCGCACAUGUUAGCGUUGAGCGAGGAACUCUUACUGCUUUGGACCGACGCGGAGACGUCCUAUCGUGAAAACAGUCAGAGUAUUUUAGAACACGGCGUAAGCUAUGAUAAAAUGGAUUUUAUGAAUGAGUUCAUACGGAGGCGUUUGAAGGAUAUCGUAAAACGUCACACGUUGAACCUUAACUUGCUGCGCAAGCUUGAGGGCGUCAUCCGCGGUGCGUUGGCACUCGAAUUCUUGAUACUGGUCGUCGCUCUGAUCGCGGAACUGUUGGCGGGCCUGGAAAAUACAUAUCUGGAGAUACCCUUCGCCAUGAUGCAAGUGGCAAUGGACUGUUUGAACGGGCAGCGUUUGCUGGACGCCAGCGUCGCGUUUGAGAACGCCGUGUACGAUUGUAAAUGGGAGAAUUUCAACAGCAGCAACAUGAAGACCGUAUUGUUGAUGCUGCAGACGGCGCAGAAGCCCCUAACUCUCAGUGCCGGUGGUAUCACGAUACUGAACUUUGCAUGCCUUAUGGACGUACUCAAAUCAGUUUAUUCGGCAUACACGACAUUACGCACUAUUGUA